AUGAAGAUUCAGUGCAACGCCUGUGGGGUGGAGGAGGCGGUUUUACUGUGUUGCGCCGACGAGGCGGCGCUGUGCAGGUAUUGUGAUCAGAAGGUGCACGCUGCCAACAAACUCGCCAGUAAGCACCAGAGGGUUCUUCUCACUAACUCUUCCAGUCAGAUGCCCAAGUGUGACAUCUGUCAGGAAACAUUUGGUUAUUUCUUUUGCCUAGAGGAUCGAGCUUUACUUUGCAGGAAGUGUGAUGUUGCUAUACACACAGCAAACCCCUUGGUGUCUGCUCACAAAAGGUUUUUACUUACCGGAGUUAAAGUAGGCCUUGAAGCUGCCGAACCUGGUCCAUCAGUGUCCUUGGGUAAGUCCCUUUGUGAUGAGAAAACCUCAGAAACAGAGCCUUGUCCACUUCAAAAGCGGACCAGCCCCGUGUCAUCGACUGGUCAACGUGUCAAAGCUUUACCUCUCCAAGCCAAUGGUGGUGAGGGUUUUAUAUCAUCAUAUGUACCUUCUACUGGAGGUUCAGUAACUGAAGUUUCCCAAUGGCAGUUAGAUGAUUUUCUUGGUGAUUUCAGUCAGAACUAUAAUUUCAUGGAUGAUGGCUCAUUCAAGGCUGAUAGCGGGAAGCAAGGAUCAGAUCGCUCCUCGAGUUUUCAAGCCGCAGUUGGAGAAUUGGAUGGUGACGAGUGUUUCGGGCAGGCACCAGAUGCAUUUUUUACGGUGCCACAGAUCCUUUCUCCACCUACAUCAUCGGUGCUUAACUGGUCUAAAAACUACCAGAAGCCAUCUGAUUCUGCUGUAUUUGUGCCUGACACAAGUUCUCCCUUGCGAACCUUCCAACACCAUCCUCAGUUGCAUGGUAAUAACUCAAAACGGAGAAGGCAAUUCUGA